AUGAUCGUCGUCCUACACAUCGUUGCAUUAUGUUGGUUCACGUUACGGUCGUAUGCCAUCGAAAUCAUACCUGCCUCGUACGCUUGGAGCACGUUUACAGGACCCGUUUCCGGCCAAGUACACGAAGUCAAACCUUGGAGUCAGUCUUCGCCGGCAUCUUCGUACUCAGAAUUCGAAGGUGCAAACGAAGAAAGCAAUCAUUACGGGCCAGAUUAUGUGUUUUUUAUUUUGAGCACAAAUGCCCUCAACUGUCGUGGCCCAAAUGCGCUACUCCCAUUUAUUUAUACUCGUAUUACAACGAUCAUUAAUCUUGUAUAUGUUGUACCACAGGCGAAACCCCAUUACUCGUUCGCAUAUGGCGUGGAGAACCCAAACACGGGCGACAGCCACGGUCAUUCUGAGACGCGGGACGGUUCGCAUGUAACCGGCGAGUAUACCGUAAUGGAACCGGAUGGCGUGUUAAGGCGGGUGCUGUACACAGCCGACCCCAAAAACGGUUUCCGAGCGUCCGUCCGGUACGUCCGACCCGACGGCGAAGAGUCACCCAACCGCGACCAUGGUUAUCACAGCGGCCCAGAACGGUUACCGGGGCCGCCUCCGCAUCAGCAGCAGCACUCCGAGUACGAGUCUGAUGGCGGUGGCGGCGGUGGUGAUGACGACGAACCGCGUCCGUUCGCGUUGCAGCCACAAUCGCUGUCCCCGUCGUCCGAGUACGAGUCGGAUGUUGACGGAGAAUCGUUCGCGCCGCAGUUGCCACGACCACAGCCGCUAUCGUUGAACUUUGGUUUCAACAAGUACAACGACGUCAAUAACAACAACAACAACAACAACGUCGACGACGAUGACGACGACAACAACGGCGACUACGGUGGAGGCCGCCCGUCGGGGUUCAAGUUCCCGUCGCCGUCCAGUCCGUUCUUCAAGGCGCCCGACGCAGUUAAUGGUGCGUCGACGAAAACUGACCCAAUAUUGGUGGAAUGAAUUUUUUGUUUAUUUAAUACCAUUAUUUAACGCCAAACAUGGUUGUAGAGGGUCUUAUACGCUCUGCGCCCGCGAUAGUUGUGUGCGAUAGCCGAUAGGUAUAAGAACGUGCAUUGACGUGUACCUACCUAAAUAUUAUGAUAUUACUAUAUUAGAGUUAAACAAAAAUUAGCCCAAUAACGUAACUUAAAAGUAAAAGAUACCAAAAAACCAUUACAACAAAAUUGACAAAACAACGAUAUACAAUUUUGAGAAUUUUAUCCCACAUAUAUGUAUCUACAUGUACUAUCUAUAGAUAUUAUGAAUUUAUAAAAUACGAGUACCUAUGUACCUACUCUAAUCUUUGUAAUUUCUCCCCGUGGCAGAACGCAGGUUAUAUUGUUUGUUUUUAAGUAGGUAUC